CGGUGAGUUGUGUGCCAAAGAAUGAAACGUACCCGUGGCCACUUGGACUAAGGGCGGCGCUAGUGGUGGCCAAGCAGCAGCAGCAGGGCCUUCGCCUUUGUGCUCGCAAACAGAGAGAAGAUGGCUCCCGUUUUGGACAAGCAACUCCCGGACGUAACUGGGGCGGACAACAACGAGGAGGAAGAAGGACUGGACCUCUGGACCUCGAUAUUGAGUGAAGUUUCUACCCGUUCCAGUUCUAAAUUGCCUUCAGGAAAAAACAUUCUGGUGUUUGGGGAGGACGGAUCAGGGAAAACUUCACUUCUGUCCAAGCUUCAUGGAGCCGAGCACAACAAAAGAGGACGAGGACUGGAAUAUCAAUACUUAAAUGUCCAUGAUGAAGACCGGGAUGACAUUACACAAUGUAAUGUGUGGAUCCUGGACGGGGACCUGUACCACAAAGGCCUGCUCAAGUUUGCCAUCUCUGCUCAGUCCCUACCUGACUGCCUCGCCGUGUUUGUGGCGGACAUGUCGCGACCCUGGACAAUUAUGGAGUCUCUGCAGAAGUGGGCUAGUGUUCUACGUGACCACGUGGACAAACUGAAGAUCCCUCCCGAGGACAUGAGAGAAAUGGAGCUGAAGAUGGUGAAAGCGUUCCAAGAGUACGCAGAACCAGAGGACGGCACCCCGGCCUCUCCACAGAGACGGACCAUGACAGCAGGGGAGGAUGAGGCAGUUGUGCUACCACUUGGAGACGAUACACUCACACACAACCUGGGCAUUCCAGUGCUAAUAGUUUGCACAAAGUGCGACUCAAUCAGCGUAUUGGAAAAGGAACACGACUACAGAGAAGAGCACUUUGAUUUCAUCCAGUCCCACGUCAGGCGAUUUUGCUUACAAUAUGGAGCUGGUCUAAUCUACACCUCAGUAAAGGAGGAAAAGAAUCUGGAUCUACUUUACAAAUAUAUUGUACAUAAGUUGUAUGACUUCCAUUUUACCAAUCCUGCCCUAGUAGUGGAGAAGGAUGCAGUGUUCAUUCCAUCGGGAUGGGAUAAUGAGAAGAAAAUCUGCAUUUUGCACGAAAACAUUACAUCAGUCAGACCUGAAGAUCCAUUUGAAGAUUUUAUCACUAAACCUCCAAUACGAAAGCUGGUUCAUGACAAAGAAAUAAAUGCUGAAGAUGAGCAGGUCUUCCUGAUGAAGCAGCAGUCUUUGUUAGCCAAACAGCCAGCCACGCCAACAAGAGGAUCUACCGAGUCCCCUGGGCGGACAGCAUCAGGUUCUCCAAGGCCUGCGGGACGUGCUGGCCAGCCCAUACUGACCAGCGGCUCUCCCAUGGCUGCUGUCAAAAAGCCUGAUGCCAACAUGAAAGCAGGGGCUGCCAAUGAGGGUGUACUGGCCAACUUCUUCAACAGUCUGUUGAGUAAAAAGACCGGUUCACCGGGAAGCCCUGGAAGUGGAGCUGUUGGAGCUGGAGUGCAAGGCUCUGCAAAGAAAACAGGACAGAAGCCGGGUUUGACUGACGUCCAGGCCGAGUUGGACCGAAUGACUCGCAAACAGGACCCCAUGGUUUCAGCUAACAACAUACCGCCGCAGACCGAGAAGGAAGCGUGAAGGCCGCACAAAAGAAGAACUGCAUCGUCCACUGUGUUUAAUAAUGGAAAUAUACAUUUACAUGUGAGCAUAA